GGAAAUUGCUGAUCAUCCCUACAUCACUGAGAUCCCGGCCAACUCAUUCCGUGGCAUCACCAGCGACGUUCUGACAGUGGUGCUGUAUGGAAACGGCUUGAGAGAAAUCCAUAACCAUGCCUUCAAUGGGACUAAACUGGAUCAAGUGGACCUUCGCAGGAAUAAGUAUCUUACCAAGAUCGAUGAAAGGGCUUUUGGGGGUACCAUCAGCGGCCCCUUGCUUCUAGACGUGUCCCUAACUGGGAUCACCUCCCUGCCAGCCAUAGGUAUGGAUUCUCUCCGGAAGCUGUCGGCGCGCGAUGCCUGGGCCCUCAAGAAACUGCCACCCAUCGAAACCUUCAAGCACCUCACCGUCGCCAAUCUCACCUACCCCAGCCACUGCUGCGGCUUCAAAAACUUCAAAAAGAAACGAGGCUUUUACGAGUACAUUCUCUGUAACUUCACUGCUUUCUACGACCAACAUCACAAGCGCUCUGUGGGGCCCCUCGGCAUGCCUUCCCGCCAAGGGGAUGGUGUUGUGGAAACAAUCCCAGACCAGGAGCCAAGUGACGGAAGCCACAGAGACUCCCAGCAGGACUGGAGGAGAGGUGACUUCCAUGGAAGCCUCCACUACCACGCCUACUUUGGGGGUCAGCCAGAUGAUGAUGUGGGUUUUGGAGAGACCCUCAAGAACCCCCAGGAGGACACCAGCCAAGACUUCGAAGGUCCUUACGAUUAUGUGAUGUGUGAGGAGGGAGUGGAGGUGAAAUGUGUACCAGAGCCCGAUGAGUUCAAUCCUUGUGAGGACAUAAUGGGUUUUGGCUUCCUGCGAGUGUCCGUGUGGUUUGUGAGUCUGCUGGCUGUUCUGGGAAAUGUGGUGGUGCUCUUGGUUCUGCUCACCAGUCACUACAAGCUCUCAGUCUCUCGCUUCCUCAUGUGUCACUUGGCCUUUGCAGACCUGUGUAUGGGGAUUUAUUUGCUUCUUAUCGCCUCUGUAGACCUCCACACGCAAGCAGAGUACUUUAACCACGCCAUAGACUGGCAGACGGGCCCUGGUUGUGGACUUGCAGGGUUUUUUACGGUCUUCGCCAGCGAGUUGUCUGUCUACACCUUGACGGUUAUCACUCUGGAGAGGUGGUACGCUAUCACCUUUGCUAUGCGUUUGGAUCGUAAGCUGCGUCUGCACCACGCCGCAGCCGUGAUGCUAGGCGGCUGGAUCUUCUGCCUCCUUCUGGCCCUGCUCCCAUUGGUCGGGGUGAGCAGUUACCAGAAGGUCAGUAUUUGUCUCCCAAUGGACACUCAGUCCACAGUGUCUCAGAUCUUCAUCUUGUCAGUGCUGGUCCUCAACAUCCUCGCCUUCCUUGUCAUUUGCGCAUGCUAUUUUAAGAUCUACUGCGCAGUCCAUAACCCUCACUACCGGUCUGGAUCCAAGGAUACCAACAUUGCCAAGCGCAUGGCUGUCCUCAUCUUUACUGACUUCUUAUGUAUGGCUCCUAUCUCUUUUUACGCCAUGUCAGCCGUUCUGGAUCGACCGCUUAUCACAGUCUCCAACUCUAAGAUUUUAUUGGUGCUCUUCUACCCGCUCAAUUCCUGUGCAAACCCAUUCCUUUAUGCCAUCUUCACUAAGGCCUUCAGAGGGGACAUAUUCAUCCUCCUCAGUAAGGUGGGCCUUUGUCAGCAAAGGGCGCAGCUUUUCAGAGGCCAGACAGUGUCGUCAAAGGGCAGCAGCGGGACGUCUCAGGUCCGUAGGGAGAAGGAUAAGGUUAGGAAAGGUGGAAGCGGAGGCCAGGAAGAGGCGCCCAUCCACCUGAAGAAGAGCUCCGGACAUACCUGCCAGCAGACGAGCCCUGAAGAGAGCCAGAGCCUGAAGACGUGAGACAAACACCAGCUGGAGCGAGUAAAGCAAGACAGGUUCAGGUGGGA